UGUGGUGUUCGUUUGCUCAUGCAUACCAAUCUAGGUUAGUUUUUUGAUAUUUAGAUGUGUACUCGUAGGUAUAUUGUGGUGAUAUGACAUUAUAACAUCAACUUUGAAGGAUUACUUCGCUUUUUCAGUGACAAAUCAGAUCACUCGAAAUGAUUGAUAAUCAUUUUCUUCAAGAAAAUAUCCCGUUUGAAAGCAAUCAAGAUCGUUUUGUUUACAUUUAUAAUACACCAAGCCUAAAAGAAAUCACGUCCUAUCGAGUAUCUCGUGCAAUAUGGUAUGCCUACAUCUCAAAGUACAGGGCGUUCAAAGAGCAAGACACUAGUAAAAUCAAUUGUUCACCUCAGCAUUUUGGACUUGAUACGUUUUACAAAAGGAAAAACAAACACGAUGGUUUUUUUCGUCAAGCCCUUGGCCUCGAUCCUGAUUACAUUCGGAACAUCGAAAAAUUAGUGGAUGAUUUAGAAACUUCUGCUCGUAUUAAAAACGUGCUCAAGCAUUUCCUCAAACUAGUUAAUCAAGAAUUGAAAGACUGGGUUGAACAUUUUCGAGAUCUGCUGUUUCCUCCUGGUGCAUUAUUCAGACGCGAGUAUCGAAUCCAUCAUAUUGAUCCUACUUGGUGUGUUUGGCUUAUGAAUGGUGAAAUUGAUUAUCAAAGGACUGCGAGAAAUAUGCUAAAUGAUGAAGAUUUUACUGCAGCACAGAAAUUUUUCAUCAUGAGUGAAUAUUGCAUGGAAGACGAGAUCAAAUUAUUUUCGUUGAAUUUACUUCCGGAAGGAUUCAUUGAACAGGUGAAUAACAAUCAAGAUCAUAUUCUUUUCUAUUGGAUUUGUUAUCUAAAAAAUAAACAGGAUAAAAUUCCAGCUGAAAAUAACCUUCCUUCGGAUCUCUUUAUUGCGUCGAAUUUUCAACAUUUUUCUCGAUUCAGCAAAGAAUAUUUUCUGAGUCGUUUACCUAAUGACGAUCAAGUAAGGAUCGUUAUCGAUUGGAUCACUAGAAUAUGUCUGGAUAGCGAACACAAACGUGAUUGUGUGAUUUUGGAGAAAAUUAUUUCCAAAAUGUCUCUGGCUCAGCAAACCUAUUUGACCUCUCAAAUUUCAUACACGAUUGCGAUUUAUUUCUCAAUUUAUUCCAACGCUUGGCAAUGUGCAUUUUGGGCAUGGAGAAAUUCUAAAGAUCAGAUGGAGGUGGAGCCAUUUUCCGAUUUCCUUGGCGAAUUGUUGACUGAAACUAAAACCGCACCGUCAGCCUGUUUAUUGAACAAGAUUUGGGAUACAGCUUCGAGUUCUCAGAAAAACUUCGCGGUGAAUACCCACUCGGAAGAAUUUAUCGAUAGGUUACUGUUGGGAGAUUAUCAUUUCCCAUCAGUUUUGGAAUUUUUUGACAGAUUUCUUCGGCUGAUAUCGACAGAGGAGCGAAAAAACGUGAUUUUCGAAAGAGUAGAUCAGUUUCCUUAUUCUAAUUGCGAUCCUGAUUGCUGGAGCUUUUUAGUGAAUUUGUGUUUGCCCUGUUUUGAAGAUCAAUUGAAGUUCAAACAUUCGGCAAUCGAUUCUGGUUACGUGAGGAAUUCUUGCGAAGAUUUAUUUCGUCGUCGAUGUUUCGAAAAAUUGAAUCAGAAAUUGGAAUUUUAUUUUUCACACGAUGCAAACGCUGCUCAAAUAUUUAAACGAGAGUUACUCCAGGAUGUAUCGACUAAUUGGAAGUAUAUUAUUUUAUCUCGCGAUAUUUUCAGCUGCGAAUGGAAUCAGAUGUGCAAUUUUAUCGACGAAGCUUUUAAAAGUGAUUCUUCAGCUGGGUUAAAAGUGAAACAACAGUUUCUUUCAACUUUGGCCGCCAACAUCGAUCUACUGGAUUACUUCAUGGUUCGAGAUGGUUUCGAUAAUCUACAGAAAAUCGUAGAAAAGGUAUUCUCGAAUGAUGAACUGAACAAUGUGAAAGGUCUGUUUUCUAAUUCGUUUCACAGAUUAUUAGAAAGGACGAAGGGAGGUGUUAACGAGCAAAUGUUCAACCAGAAGUUUAUGAAAUGGUGUUCGAGUAAUUAUGAUGACGAUGAGGUGGAUACAAGCGAUGGAAACCAGCAAGUAUCACGUGAUAUUGUAUUUGAUAGAAUUCGUACUCGUAGCAAUGAUUUUUUCUUUUCUGUGAAGAUUUUUUCCGAAAAUUGAU